AUUUAUGUAUUUUACAUAUAACAUAAAAAAUGGAAGACAAAAAAGCAAACAGACUGAAAGAAUUGCAAAAUUUAAAAAAUUGUGUAGAAAUUACAGAUAAAAAUAUAAAUGAUAUGAUUGUAUCUGUCGGCUGGACUGUUGAAAGGACAAAAAGUUCAACGAGAAUGUUAGAAUGUCCUUUUGACUCUUCCCAUCACUUUUCGGAGAAAAAAUUAGAAGAACAUUUAGAACAUUGUCAAUGGAAAGCUGAAGGUUAUGGAGAAUGGGAUAUUCCUUUAUCAGAGCCUACAAUAUCAUCUAAUGUUCAUUCUUCCAUCAAAUUUGAUGAGCAGAUGUUGGAACAAGUAUUGAAACAAGCUAAAUCAAUGACGCCAACAAUGCAAAUUGGUGCGGGCAACCGAUUAUUACCCCGCACUUCGAACAGAAUUUUUUCUGAUUUAACUUCUGAUGAAAGAAAAGCGGUGUAUGAAUAUGUCAUAACUAAAACUGUAAAGCCAAAUGUUGGAGAAGAUAUAUCUAACCUCAAUAAGCUGAAAGAAGAUAACAAUAAAUCAUCGUAUCUUGAACUUCUUGCUCAUGAACGAGAUUUAAAAAGGAGAAGAGCUAAACAUCGUGGUGUUCAUACAAAUAAAAAAUCACACAUUGAAAUACUUCGUGAGAUAGUAAAUCAACAAAUGGAAAUGUUAGAAGAAUAUUUUAAUGUAAACAAAAAUAGUGGCAAUCAAAAAGAUAAUGUGUUGCAUGAAGAUAAAGAAACACAUUGUAUUCUAAACUCUACUUCAAAAGAUAUCGAUUAUCUUGAUAAACAUGAAAUUACUCUUAAAGAUAAUAGAGAUAGAAGAAAUUUAGAGAAAAAUAUACAAAACUAUAAUCAACAUCACAAUGAUUCUAAUUAUAAUCAUGAUUAUUAUAGAACAAAAAAUUAUUCUUCUGAUGAUAGAAAGAGAAAAUCGUCAACAAAGUAUCAAGAUUUGCAUGAACAUAAAUCAAAACAUUAUUAUAAAUUGUCCAAAAAACACGACAAAAAUGAAGAACACUAUUCUUCAGAUAAACACAGACAAUUUCAUGAAAAAUCUAGUAAAUAUAGGUUAAGUCAUGAUAAAUAUGAUGAUAAGCAAAGUAAAUAUAGUCAUAAAUCUAUGAAAUAUGAUAAAAUACGCGAAGAAAAGAAAUCUCGUAAAUAUGACCCUCUAAAGCAUACAACUAAAAUUAAACAUGGAUGUAAAAUAUCUAAUGAUAGAAGGAAUUAAUUAUUUAGUAUAUUCAUUAAGUUUGUACAUACGAAAUGUUUAUCAAUUAUGUUUGUAAAUAAAAAUUUAUUGCAGAAGAAUGUUUUCUA